AUGGCUCAACAACCUCACUCUACUGAAACGCCUAAUUCUAUCCCUAAUUCUUCUUCUUCUUCUUCUUCUGCAACUCCUGCAUCAUCACCGGCACCACUAAUCUCUUACGGGGUACAUCAAAAUGUCAAUGUUUCUGGGAAUUCUCACCACUCAUCGUCACAUUCUGGGAUGAAGCCGAAUUCGACUGUUAAUCCUCCUCAUAUGCCUGUUCAACCUCCAGUUCGUGGUCUCCCUCCACAUGCCGCUGCCCCUUCGUUUUUGGCUUUUACUGGCAACCAACAUGCGCAAUCUACAACUAACAUGCCAGAUUCCGGUACACAAGAUUUUAGUAAAAUGUCAUCUGCAUCAAGUAAUCUACAUCCUGUUCCCGCUCUUACUUCUACAUCUGCAAUGCCGCCACCAUCCGACCCUAACUAUCGCCCCACUACUUUAUGGAUGCCAACUGUCCCAUCUUUUCCCAUCCGUCCUGUAAUGCCUGGAACUCCUGGUCCCCCUGGAUUAGCAAAACCUGUGAGAAUACCCUCCAAUCCUGCUGUUCCACCUCCAAGCACAGAGUUUUCCUCAGCUGCAGGACUGAGACAAAAUAUACCUACUGGUCCCAAUGCAUUAGAUCCUAAUGCCUCACAUCAAGGUUUGCCCUAUCCAUCCAUACCUUCCAUGGUUGCUCCCCCUCAUGGGUUUUGGUUACAGCCUCCACAGAUGAGUGGUAUACCUAGGCCACCAUUUCAUCAAUAUCCUGCUGCUUUUACUGGCCCCUUUCCAUUUCCAGCACGUGGUGUUACUCUUCCUACUGUUCCAGUACCUGAUUCUCAGCCUCCUGGUGUUACUCCUGUGGGUCCUGUUGGUAUUUCUACAUUUUCUGCUUCCAGUCAUCAGCUGAGGGGAACACCUGGUUUGCAGGCAGAAGUAAUUUCAGCACAUGCUGAUGACAAAAAAUUAAAUGCCAUUAUAACUCAGAAUGAGGAUGCUGCUAAUGAUCAACUAGAUGCUUGGACUGCCCACAAGUCUGAAGCAGGAACUUUAUACUAUUAUAAUGUUGUGACAGGGGAAUCGACAUACAAUAAACCUGCUGGCUUUAAAGGGGAGGCUCACCAAGUUUCUGUGCAGCCUACUCCAGUUUCAAUGGUAGAUUUGCCUGGUACUGAUUGGCAGUUAGUCUCUACUAGUGAUGGAAAAAAAUAUUACUAUAACAAGCAAACCAAGACAAGCUGCUGGCAAGUUCCAAUUGAGGUGGCUGAAUUGAAAAAAAAGCAGGAUGGUGAUGUUACGAAAGAUAGUUUAAUGCCAGUUUCAAAUACUAAUUCAUCUUCUGAUAGAGGGUCUGGAAUGGUUGCUCUGAAUGCUCCUGCUAUUAUUACUGGUGGUCGUGAUGCUGCAGCUCCUAAGCCCUCUAGUGUACAGAGUUCCCCAUCGGCACUGGAUUUGAUCAAAAAGAAGUUGCAGGAAUCAGGAUCACCUGUUACAUCCUCUUCUAUUCCUACACCAUCAGUGCAACCUGGAUCUGAAUCAAAUGGUUCAAAAGCAACCGACUCUACAGCUAAGAGCCUGCAAAAUGAUAAUAGUAAAGAUAAACAGAAAGAUGCUAAUGGUGAUGCUAAUGUCACUGAUACAUCUUCAGAUUCAGACGAUGAGGAUAGCGGGCCUUCAAAAGAGGAGUGCAUAAAUCAAUUUAAGGAGAUGCUUAAGGAGCGAGGUGUGGCCCCAUUCUCAAAGUGGGAGAAAGAACUACCAAAGAUAGUAUUUGAUCCCCGUUUUAAGGCUAUCCCUAGUUAUUCUGCUAGGAGAUCCUUGUUUGAACAUUAUGUUAAAACUCGUGCGGAAGUAGAACGCAAAGAAAAGCGUGCUGCACAGAAGGCUGUAAUUGAGGGGUUUAAGCAGUUAUUAAAUGAAGCCUCAGAGGAUAUUAAUGACAACACUGAUUAUCACACUUUUCAAAAGAAAUGGGGAAACGAUCACCGGUUUGAAGCAUUGGACCGCAAGGAACGGGAGCAUCUUCUUAACGAAAGAGUGCUUCCUUUGAAGAAAGCUGCUGAAGAAAAAGCUCAAGCAAGACGUGAUGCUGCUUCUGCCAGUUUUAAAUCAAUGCUUAAAGAACAAGGAGAUAUCACUUUUAACUCCCGUUGGUCCAAGGUUAAAGAGAGUUUAAGAGAUGAUUCGAGAUAUAAAUCUAUAAAACACGAGGAUAGGGAAUUUUUGUUCAACGAGUAUAUAUCCGAGUUGAAAGCUGCUGAACAUGCAGCAGAACGAGAGACCAGAGCUAAAAAGGAUGAGCAGGAGAAGUUGCGGGAAAGGGAGCGGGAGUUGCGUAAAAGGAAGGAAAGAGAAGAACAUGAAAUGGAAAAAGUACGAAAAAAGAUUAGAAGGAAAGAGGCAGUUACUUCUUUUCAAGCGUUACUCGUGGAGAGAAUCAAAGACCCUAUGGCGUCAUGGACAGAAUCAAAGCCCAAGAUAGAAAAAGAUCCGCAAGGACGUGCAACCAAUUCUGUUCUUGAUUCAACUGACAUGGAAAAACUCUUCUGGGAUCAUAUAAAGAUGCUUCAGGAACGUUGUGCUCAUGAUUUUAGAGCUCUUCUAGCUGAAGUCUUGACUUCUGAAGCUGCAUCUCGGGAAUCUGACGAUGGGAAAACAGUGCUUAAUUCAUGGUCUACUGCAAAACGUCUUUUAAAACCCGAUCCAAGAUAUAACAAGGUUCAAAGAAAAGAUAGAGAAGCCUUGUGGCGUCGGUAUGCAGAGGAUAUGCAGCGGCGGCAAAAGUCAUCUCAUGAUUCAAAGGAGGAUAAAUAUGCAGAUGCCAGAGGUAGAAAGUCUCUAGAAUCUUCCAAACAUACAUAUGAAUCAGGAAGAUCGCACGAAAGAAGAUAA